CAGGGAUCGACCUGUAAUCCCCACCUGUUGCUGUUCUCGCCUUUGACGUCUUCAUCAUAUGCAUGACAUACUACUGAGCCACCCAGCUAAGACCUUUUCAUUGGAGUAGAUUGCCUUUGAGUUGGACUAGAUGGCCUUCGGAGCUCCUUCCAAAUGGCCGAUGGCCCUGCGUUCCCACCCACAAGCCAUCUAAGGCAAUGCCCACGCUGCUGCACCCAGAGGGAGAGAGGAAGAGAAGGGAAAGGCAGAAGGGAACACAACCUCAAGGAGGAGAAGAAGGAGAAGGAGGAGAAGAAGGCGCCUGCUCCCUUCCCGCCAUGGGGCACAAGUUCAUGGAGACGGUGGCCUCCUUCCUCUUUGAGUAUGACACCCCCAGGAUGGUCCUCGUGCGCAACAAGAAGGUCGGGGUCACUUUCCGGCUCAUCCAGGUGGUGGUCCUGGCCUACAUCAUCGGGUGGGUGUUUCUCUACGAAAAAGGCUACCAGUCUAAGGAUGGGAUCAUCAGUUCGGUUUCGGUGAAGCUCAAAGGCUUGACGCUGACCAAUUUUAGCGACAUGGGCCCGUACAUAUGGGACGUAGCCGAUUACGUUUUCCCGCCGCAGGGAGACAGUUCCUUUGUGGUGAUGACCAACUUUAUUGUGACUCGGGGACAAAAACAGGAAAAAUGUCCAGAGCAUCCAGAGGCAGGGAAAUGCGACGGAGACGGCAAGUGCGCCGAAGGCACGUUCCUGCGUCAGGGUCAAGGCCUAAUGACUGGGAAAUGUGUGAAUUUCAGCCGCACGCAGAAGACCUGUGAGAUUUUCGGCUGGUGCCCUGUGGAGAUUGACGACGAAGUGCCCAACCCACCUCUGCUUCUCGCCGCUGAGAAUUUCACCCUAUUUAUCAAGAACAGCAUCACUUUCCCCAAGUUCAAAGUUGCCAGGCGCAACCUGGUGGAGAAAGUCACGAAGGCCUACCUGAGGAACUGCACCUACCACAAGGCCAAGGACCCCUUGUGCCCCGUCUUCCGCUUGGGCGGUGCCGUGGAGGCCUCCGGGCAGAGCUUUGCCUCCCUCGCCCGGAAGGGAGGCGUGGUUGGCAUCACCAUCAGCUGGGACUGCGACCUGGACUGGCCCAUCAAGUACUGCGUCCCCGUUUACCAGUUCCACGGGCUUUACAACGAAGACAACAACAUCUCCCCUGGAUUCAAUUUCAGGCAUGCCAGGUAUUACCGAGAGAACGGCCGGGACCUGAGGAACCUCUACAAGGUCUUCGGCAUCCGCUUUGACAUCCUGGUGAACGGAAAGGCUGGGAAAUUUGACAUUAUUCCAACGAUGACCACCAUUGGUUCUGGGAUCGGCAUCUUUGGCGUGGCCUCCCUCGUUUGCGACGUGGUCCUGCUGAAUUUCCUCUCAAACCGGGAUUACUACAAACAGAAGAAGUUCAAGUACGCACAACAGGACUCGGUCCCGCCGGAAAAAGAGGACGGAGACGGCUUCUUCAUGUCUGACCUGCACGGGAAGGACAAGGGCCUCCCGGGAAACUGAUCCACUCUCCACCCACAAAUGCCUUUAGGUGGACCCCACGCCGGAGCAAAACAUCGGAGCACAGGAUCCACCGAAUGGGAGGAACUCCAGAGACCAUCCAGUCCCACCUGCUGAUGCUUCUGCCACGGAGGAAGAAGACACAACCCGAUCCCUCCCGACAGAUGGCCAUCUACCUGGCUCAAAAACAUUACCUGUAUGACUCUCCUUCCCUGAAGGCGUGCAGCCUUUCCUCCACACUCGGCUUUCGCUGCCUCCUUUCCUGUUGCCGAAGGGGAAAGAUGUCGGGAAAUGUUGGAGAAAUAAUAUAUUUUAUUUUGGGGAAAUGAGAGCAAGAGAGCAAUAAAUCUCUCAUUUUGGGUACUA